UGACGUCACUGCGUAAGGCGGAAGUAGCUGUGAGCUGUGUAGCUGCAGGAUAAAGAUGAGCAGUAAGAGGAGUCUGAAAAGUGUUUAAAAUACUGAGAAACCUUGAAAACUAACAGUUUUAGUUGAGCAGCCAUGAAGACGGUGUUUGUGACUGUCGGCACCACGAGCUUUGACGAGCUCAUUGAAACCGUCACGUGUCCAGAGGCCGUGCAGGCUUUAAAGGCUCGUGGCUAUGAGCGUUUUGUUCUUCAGGUUGGAAGAGGAUCUCUUCUUCCAGAUGCCGACAGCUGUCCACACGUCAGACUGGAGGCUUAUCGAUUCAAAGACUCUAUAGCUGAAGACAUGAAGCAGGCUGACCUUGUCAUCAGCCAUGCAGGAGCAGGAAGUUGUUUGGAGGCGCUCGGAGCAGGAAAGCCUCUGCUGGUCGUUGUCAAUGACAAGCUGAUGAACAACCACCAACUGGAGAUGGCCAAACAGCUGCACAUGGACUCCCACCUGUUGUACUGCACAUGCAGCACCCUGACAGAAACACUGAGGACGAUGGACCUCUCUGUCCUUCAGCCCUUCUUACCCGGACAGCCAAAGAUGUUUGCAAACUUUUUAGACAAAGCUCUGGGUGUUAAGUAAAAUAUUGCUAUUUAUCUGUUUGAUGACUUUAAGAAUAUCAUGCUGUAGUUUAUCACACUCAGUGUUUUCUAUUUUUGUAUGCCAUAAUAUAAUAAUAUAUGAGUGAUUCCAAAUCCUAA